CUACACCAGUGGUUCUCAAACUAUGGGUCGCGAGAUCAAUUUUGAUGGGUCGCAGGGACACAGGAACAUUAUCAUGCUUUCAGUGUUUCAGUGUAUUUCAGUUGCUUAAUUGAAUUAUUCUUCUUUAACCACAAAUUACUUUUGUUAUGUAUGUUCAUCUUCCCCCCACCUCCCUCCUCCUGGGCCCCAUGUAAUGGUGUCUCUGACAGGAAUGACUCCUGUAUCAAACGCGUAUGUUGGACUGGCAGUGGGCCCGUGUAUGCUCGCGCGCGGUGUCUAUUUUCCACCGACCGCAGGCGAGGGAGGUUGUGCCGUUUGCAGUCAUUUGUAAUGGCGAAACGAUCAUACAAGGAUGCCUUCCUAGACUUCGGAUUCACAAACAUCGUUGAUCAUGGAAUCAUCAAGCCUCAGUGUGUUAUCUGCUGCGAAGUUCUGUCAAAUGAGUCGCUGAAAUCUAAUAAGUUGAAAAGACAUCUGACUUCAAAGCACCCUCAACAUGCUCUCCAAGAGAGAGCUUUUUUUGAAAGAAAAGAAGCUGCUCUGAAACGACAAAGGUUCGAGACACCUGACAAUCCAGCAGUAGUGGCUUUGAAGCAAGCCACAUUGGCAUCAUAUAAGGUUGCAUGGAGAAUUUCAAACAAGAAAGCACCCCACACUAUUGGAGAAGAUCUCGUCAAGCCUGCAGCCAUUGACAUGGUAAAAACGGUGUGUGGAGAAGACGUAGCAAGAAAACUGGAAAUUAUCCCGUUGUCAAAUGACACUGUGCGCAGGAGAAUAGUGGACAUGUCACUUGAUAUCAAACACCAAGUAGUAGAUCGCAUCAAGGCCAAGGGAGCCUUUAGCUUGCAGCUAGAUGAGUCAACAGACGUAAGUGAUAACGCCCAACUGUUAGUUUAUGUUAAGUAUGAGGGGCCAGUAGAUCUGGAAGAGGAGUUUCUCUUUUGUCGUGCAUUGCCAACAACCACUACAGGAGAAGAUAUUUUUCAAAUGGUUGACCAGUUCUUGAAAGAGGAAGAACUUUCAUGGACAAACUGCUUCAGCAUUUGUUCUGACGGAGCACCAGCGAUGCUUGGGAUAUUUUCAGAUUUAUCCGUGCCAGAUUCACACAUUUUGUAUGAGCCCACCGGUUACACAGACAACAUUUAA